GUUCUUCAUUUCAUCAACUUUAUCGAAUCAAGGAACUGAUAAUCUCUUAUUUUAGAAUUCAGAUGUCCCUUUCCUAAACACUUCUAUCAUGUGUCGAUAGCGAUAUUGCUUCUCUGGGUUGUAACAAGAGUAAAGCAAGAGACUAGGUUAUGAUAUUGGCUGCAAUAGUCAUAAUCGCAGCUAUUUUCUUUCCUGUAAUGGCAAGAAUAGUGGUAUAGGGUCCAUACGGAGACCUGGGAGCUGAAAAGCAAAAUCCAAACACCAGGCAUUUCAACCUUAUUGAGACAAAUCAUAUAUCUUCUAAGCAAUGAACUUCUUAUACUAUAAUCCAUUUCACACCCAGUAGUGAACUCCAAGCUUAAGAAAUUACUUCCAUUUCUUCCUACCUCAAAGACAUUACCUAUUUAUACACUAAACCAUACUGCCUUGAUUACUACUAAGCAAACACAAGAGCACCCAAGAUGAAUAGUCCAUCUUUUGCUUGCUGCUUUGUCUUUCUAUCAGUGAUCUUCUGUUUCUGCACUAAAAUCUCCUUAGCGGAUUCCGAUAAUCUCCAGGACACAUGCCCUACAUCCCCGCUAGCAAAACAAACCAUCUUCAUCAAUGGCUUCCUUUGCAAGAAUCCAAACGACAUCAGCUCCUCAGAUUUCAAGACUACCCGACUGACCCAACCGGGCGACACAGACAACUUCUCUGGCUCCGCAGUAACCAUUGUCACUGCUGCAGAGUUUCCAGGCUUAAACACUCUUGGCCUCUCAAUUGCAAGAACUGACUUCAGAGUUGAUGGUCUGGUGAGGCUCCACUCCCACCCAAGAGCUACGGAAAUGUUCUUUGUCAGCAAAGGCCUCGUGCUAGUGGGGUUCAUCGACACAUCAAACGAGCCAUUUGGGACGUUUCUUAAGGAAGGAGACGUGUUCGUGUUCCCCAGGGGCCUGCUUCACUUUUGUUUGAAUCCUGGCUAUGGCACUGCCACUGGUUUAUCGGUGUAUAAUAGCCAGAAUCCAGGGGUGGUGACCAUGGCUGAUGCCAUGUUUGAGCCUACGCCGGAUGUGAUAAAGAAGCUUACAAAAGGGUUUGUCACUGGUCUCCUUAGAAAUGCUACUCUAAGCGGAAUUUCAAGUUUUUAACAUGCAGUAAUUCAGAAUUAUCAUAUUUGAAGAUAAAUAGUUGUGUGUGUAUUACUACUAGCUAGUUGAUGAUUGCAUAGCGUGUCGAUAGUGUGAAGUGUGAUGAGUUUGUGGGCUAAGAGCAAAAGUGGUCAUAAAUUAAGCCCCAUAAAGAUGUAAAAGCUUUGUGGCCUAUUUAUUUCAUAACAGAUUAUUGUAAAUUGUACUUUUGAUCCCCAAACGGUGAUAGACCCAUACUAUGUAUUGUAUAAUUAUCCUAU